GCGUCUCUCGAUUCCCUUCCUGACGAGCUUCUUCUGCAUAUUCUUGGAUAUUUGCCGGCUCUUAAUCAAGAGAACUUCCAGUUACCAACCCUGCUCAGCUUCUUUUUUGCACAUCCAUACCUAUUCUUGCGCACACUAGUGUGUAACCCGAGGGCUGCAGAGACCGUCAAAUCUUUUUCGAUGAACUAUGGCCGUGGGGUGCAUCGGAACCGCAAGCCAUACCUCCCAGCCAUAUCCGAUCGCAAAUUGAUCAAGUCUGGAUUUAAGAGCCUCGAUAUUCCAUCGUGGAAAGCCUGGGCCACCGAUUGCAACGCCGAUGACUGCGACCAAGAGACUCUAUACGCUGCCAUCCUAAUGCGGACGCCUAAUCUCCGGACUCUUACUGUGGACGACGGGAAAGUCCCGUAUCAAACCCCAAAGUGGAUUGAACUUCUGAGACAGUCUGUCAGUGGGAAUUCAUUUGGUCGAGUACAUCAAUUUACCCAUCUAAAUACCGUCCAAAUUAGGGUUAAGCACAUGGGCAUGCGCGUUAUGUUGCCUUUAUUUAAACUACCUUCCCUCCGUAUCUUGGCUGUAAGCACCUUAGUCGAGACUGGAUUUGUGAAGGACCAUGAGCUCGGGACCUGGAAGCCUAUAAAAUGGACUGUCCCGAAUCGCACAAGCCCGAUUGAAGUGCUUACUCUUUCAAGCUGCUUUAUGGAUACCGGGGUCCUCGCAUCCAUGGUCACUGCCUGCCAACAUUUAAAGAAGUUUAGCUACCAUCAUGACGAGUCCCCGUGGUUAUGGAACAACGAAGAAGGGCUCCUAUGGCAUAAUGGCGAUGAUAGUAUCCCUCGAGCUCGCCUACAUUAUCCCUGCCUUACUUCAGCGCUAAAUCACCACCGUGAUUCCAUCGAGACCAUUGGACUGUAUAAUGAUGUCUAUGGGCCAGUGCAGCUUUACCCUGGUUUUGGAAUGCUGGGUGACUUUCGAAGCUGUGCAAAGUUAACGCACAUAACGGCACCACUACGAGCUUUCAUCAAUGUUCUCAACGGGGCUGGUGAAACAAUCAUCGAUAGGCUACCAGCAUCUAUC